GCUCAGAUGAGACGUUUUGUAUUAAGCAGGACAGACCAUUCUGAUCAAGGGCGUUUACAAAAUCGGCCCUGGGGCGUCUUCAUUUGCCUCGGAGACCUCAGACAUUAGUGUAAUGGCGAAUCUAAUAUCCCUAGCAGAAAACUGAUGUGGGGGACUCGAUGUGGAAGCAGUCUGCCAAAGUUAAGCGUACUUCGAGGGACCCAAGAUAUGAUGUUCAGCGAGCUGUGUAUUUAGACUCUCUGGUAACAGGAUGCUGCGAAAAAUGCGCUCUGUAUAUCUUGAUGAAGGGGAGAGAGAUGCGGCUAAUACGAAGAGUGGUGCGUAAGCGCGCGUACGCCACAGUCGUUGAUGCCCAGCCCUACGCUCCCUGAGCCUGCGCCAUAGAGGCAAGCAGGCCUUAGCUUGUGACGCACGCUCGUCCUACCGCAUUUUCCUCUCUCUUCCGCCACUUUUGCUUCCAUCUCGAGCUCCGGCAGCUUCACAAGAAAGCUAAGGCCAUUGCCAAGAAACCGACCCUGCGCUACCAUGGGAGCCGUCUAUGUCAUUCAAGUACGACCAGGGGAAGCCGGAUCUAGCGUCAAGUAAUGCCACCUCAGCGACUAUGACGGGCACUGCGAGU